AGAAUGCUACAUCACUGAGUGACCUCCAGGAACUCACAGAAAAAUACUCCAGCAUGCUUCAGACAGCAGGCUGCUAUCGAUUCAUGAGGACUCUGGAGGAUAAGAACAAAGUAGUAGAUGAUUACAUUCAGUUGUAUUUCAUCUACCGAAACCAUGUUUCCAUCCAGAGGUUCAAAGAGGGAUUGGCAAUGCUUGAUUUUGUCAAUACCUUGGAACAGCAUCCUUCACUCUUCUUCUCAUUCAUGUGCUACACUGAGACCAAGCUGACAGCUGAUGCUGUGGAGAACAUCUUCCAGGUGCAGUUUAGUCAGCCUGGUAGCACCAACCGUCAGGAGGAGGCCACAGUACUGAGCUACUGGCGAGAUUAUCUGCUCUACCUGGAAGUUCAGGGAACCUUAAAUGAGUGUUAUACACAAAGGGAUAAAUCCACAAUUGCAUACUGUGUGGUCCAUAAGAAUUUAAGCAGGGUUCAAUUGUUACAUGUGGUUUAG